GGGGUAGCUUCUCUGUGCUUCGGGAAAGAAUGGAAAUCAAGGGUUUUAUCCUCUAGCUUUUGGAGUUGUUGAUUCUGAGACAGAGGAGAAUUGGACUUGGUUUCUUCAACAUUUGGCUUCUAUAUUGCUACCGAUGGGGAGAGUGGUGACCUUUUUCUCGGACCGCAAUCAAGGUUUGUUAAAUGCAAUGGGGUUUGUGUUUCCCGGAUGGCCUCAUUCUUACUGUUAUUAUCACCUCAAACAGAAUUUGAUAUCAAAGUACCCGAAGUCAGGUUAUGGAAAACUGCUCCAAGACCGUGUUAUCAAUUUAUUUAGUAGAUGCGCAUAUGCUGUUACGGAGGAAGAGUUUAAGGUAGCAAUGGAGGAGUUGGUGAUUGUUGGGAGUUCGAAAGUGAAGACAUUUAUAUCUGAUUUGUCUAGAGAUCACUAUGCCAACGCAUUUUUCAAAGGAAUGCGUUAUGGGGAGAUGGCAAACAGUUUAGCGGAGUCCUUUAAUAAUUGGGUUGGUGUGUUUCGAGAUUUGCCGGUGCUACCUUUGAUAGAAGGGAUUCGACAGAAAUUGAUGGUAUUGAAUUCUCAACGACGAAUUGAAGCGGAGAAGUGGACAACAGUUUUGUGUCCGGAGAUGGAGACUAGACUCUGUGAAAAUGCGGAGGCCGGUAGGACUUGGGCAGUUCGUCGUUCUAAUUGCACUGUUUUUGAAGUAUUUGCUGAUUAUUCUGUGAUGGUUGAUCUCGAGCAAAGGACUUGUUCUUGCCGUCUUUGCCAAAUUGACGGUUUUCCUUGCACACAUGCGGUGGCUGCAAUCCUAGCAAAGAGAGAUUCAGUUUAUGAUUACGUGGAGUGUUACUACAAAACCGACUUCUUUCGAAAAGCCUAUGAGAGUCCUAUUUUUCCUAUUCCAGAUAUUGGGAAAGGAUUGGGCAGCAAUGGUUCUGCAGCUGGAGUUGUGCUUCCGCCAAUUACAAAGAGGCCAGCCGGAAGACCACCAACAAAGAGGAUCAAAGUUUUUGGUGAAUUUAAAAGGCCAUUGAAAUGCAGUCGGUGCAGUGUUGCUGGGCACAAUAGGAAGACUUGCAAGGCUAUUAUAUGAAC